AUGGACUUCCCCCCACAGCUAUCUUUUGCUCUCUAUGCUGCUGCCUUUACACUGGGUCUUCCUCUCAAUGUCAUCCUUCUCAGUGAGGCUGUGUCCCAUGCACGGCUCCGCCUCACCCCAAGCCUUGUCUAUAUCCUCCAUCUGGCCUGUUCUGACCUGCUACUGGCUGCCUCCUUACCCCUAAAAGCAGCUGAGGCCCUAGCAGAGGGAGCCUGGCCUCUCCCAGCUUCACUGUGCAGAGUCUUUGCCUUGACACAUUUAGUACUACUCUAUGCUGGAGGUUGCUUCCUGGCUGCCCUCAGUGCUGGCCGCUACCUUGGGGCAGCUUUUCCAUUGGGAUACCAAGCUGCUCGGAGGCCUCGUUAUUCCUGGGGUGUAUGUGUGGCGAUCUGGGGGCUGCUCCUUUUCCACUUGGGGCUGGUGUUUGGACUGGAAAUUCAGGAAGGCCCAGAGGACAACCGUACAAACUCCUUGGGAAUGACCAUUCCAAUCAACGGCUCCACCAUCUGUCUGGAAGCUUGGGACCCAAUCUGGUCUGGCCCUGCCCAUCUCAGUAUUUCCCUUCUACUUUUUUUUCUUCCUUUGACCAUCACUGCCUUCUCUUACAUGGGCUGCCUGCGGGCCCUGGUCCACUCGGGCCUGAGCCGGAGUCGGAAGCUCAGAGCUGCCCGAGUGGCUGGAGGGGCACUGCUCACUCUAUUACUCUGUCUGGGACCCUACAAUAUUUCCCAUGUGGCCAGCUUUGUGAAACCAGAUGCCGGGAGCCAAUGGAGGAAGCUUGGGUUGAUCAUGGGAGCCUGGAGCACUGUACUCAACCCAUUGGUGUCAGGGUACCUGGGGAGCAGGGCUGCCAAGAGGGGUGGUACAGUUGGUACUCAAGGUGGGGCAGCCCAGAAAUAG